CUGCAGAAUGUCCGAGGGGGACAGCGUCGGAGACUCCGUCCACGGGAAGCCUUCGGUGGUGUACAGAUUCUUCACCAGACUCGGACAGAUCUACCAGUCCUGGCUGGACAAGUCCACACCGUACACAGCCGUGCGAUGGGUGGUGACGCUGGGCCUGAGCUUCGUCUACAUGAUUCGGGUUUACCUGUUGCAGGGAUGGUACAUUGUCACCUACGCCUUGGGAAUCUACCACCUCAAUCUCUUCAUAGCUUUUCUUUCUCCAAAAGUGGACCCUUCGCUCAUGGAGGACUCAGAUGACGGUCCCUCCUUACCAACUAAACAGAACGAGGAGUUCCGGCCGUUCAUUCGAAGGCUUCCGGAGUUUAAAUUCUGGCACGCAGCCACCAAGGGCAUCCUGGUGGCCAUGGUCUGCACCUUCUUCGAGGCGUUCAAUGUCCCGGUGUUCUGGCCCAUCUUGGUCAUGUACUUCGUCAUGCUGUUCUGCAUCACCAUGAAGAGGCAGAUCAAGCACAUGAUAAAGUACCGGUACAUCCCCUUCACGCACGGCAAGAGGACGUACAAGGGGAAGGAGGAUGCGGGCAAGACGUUCGCAAGUUAGACGCGGCAGGCGCUUCCCUCCCUCGGAGCCUGAGGCGGGUUCGAGCCAUCGUGAGAACGCCUUCUUUCUUCACAUAACGUAGUCGAUGAUGAGGGAGUCGGAUUUUCUUUUUAAAGAGGAGCUUCAGUUAUUUGUAAUUGAAAUAUCAGGUUCUUGAAGAAACUGGCACUUAAACUGAAUUGCAUUGAUCUCUUUUUCAGUGACGUUCAGGUGUUUAAACGGACAGAACCUUAGCCGCAGGCUGGGCGGGCGGCGGGUAUGAGGGCCCAGGCUGCACGCCAGCCACCGCCUCUCCCCGAGGACGCCCGUGGGCACGUCCCCCAGCUGGGGAUGACGCCAGCCUGAGUGCCGCGUGUUGGAAGGAGCCUGACGUUUGAAAGGUGACUCCCCAGUAACGCUGGGCUCUCAUGCCAGUUUCCCAUUUCCAUCCCAGCAGCGGCGUUUGAAGUUGGCCUGUAUCGUAAUGACUCAAAACUCUGUUAACUACCGUGAUUGCUUUUGGGCCUGGAAUUAUAAAUAUAUAUUUUAAUCGUUUGA